AUGUCCACUACACAGGAUAUUGGGUGGUCCGAUGUAGCGGGGUUAGAAGGUGCGAAGAAGGCAUUAAGAGAAAUCGUUGUGCUUCCAUUCAAAAGACCUGAUAUGUUCAAAGGGAUUCGAGCGCCACCUAAAGGAGUGUUAUUGUUUGGUCCUCCCGGUACCGGAAAAACGAUGAUAGGUCGAUGUGUAGCCUCUCAAUGUAAAGCUACGUUUUUCAAUAUAUCGGCCAGUUCCUUAACAUCAAAAUGGGUUGGUGAGGGCGAAAAGCUCGUUCGCGCUUUGUUUUCUCUAGCCAGGCUGAAGUUACCAAGCGUCAUUUUCAUUGAUGAGGUUGAUUCUCUCCUUUGCUCUCGUUCUGAAACCGAACAUGAAUCGUCACGGCGCAUUAAAACUGAAUUUCUUGUACAAUUGGAUGGUGUUGCGACAAAUGCGGACGAACGACUUCUUGUACUGGCUGCAACUAACCGCCCUCAAGAACUGGAUGAAGCAGCUCGACGACGGUUCGUAAAACGUUUGUAUAUCGCCUUACCAGAAAGAGAAGCUAGACUGACUAUAGUGAAAAACCUACUUGCUGAUAUGAAGCAUGCUCUUGAAGAGGAAGAUUUCAGUCAAGUGGCAGAGUUAACAGAGGGGUAUUCGGGCGCAGACGUUCGACAGCUGUGUGCUGAAGCUGCUAUGGGUCCAAUUCGCGAUAUUGACAAUUGUUCUUCUUUGGACAUAGAGACGGUAGAGAUUCGGCCUAUUUAUCUUUUUGACUUCACUAACGCUGUACAGGUGGUCCGCCCGACUGUGGUGAGCGAAGAUUUGGAGGCGUAUAAGAUAUGGGACAGUAAAUUUGGAUGUCUUCUAUGA